GAGCUCCUGUUUCGAAUCCUGCCUUGGUCUCUCACCUGGUGCAAGGACACAUGCUAUUGAUAUCAGACCCUAACACGGAUCAAGCUAAGUAUUCUGAAAACAUCUUGGUGACCCAACACCAGACUAUGGGUGAAGACGCCCAGCCUCAGGAGAUGGCAUCCACAAGCUCCCCGAGGGCAAGUGAGCCCAGCCCUGAGGUCAAACAGAAUGGGGACUCUGAGGGGAGGGGGGGAAGCCCCCAAAAUCUGCCAGUAGAACAUCACUUUGCAUGUAAAGAGUGUGGGGAUGCCUUUCGGCUUAAGGUCCUCCUUGUGCAGCACCAGAGAAUUCACAGUGAGGAGAAGGGCUGGGAGUGUGGCGAUUGUGGGAAGGUUUUCAAGGGGGUCUCUGAGUUCAAUGAGCACCGGAAGAGCCACGUGGCUGUAGAACCCCGCCCCGGCCCAAGCCGGGCCCUCGAUGAUGCCAUGGAAAAGAGGGAGCAAAUGGAGAGGGAGGCGAAGCCCUUCCAGUGUGAGGAAUGUGGGAAAAGGUUUAAGAAGAACGCAGGCCUAAGUCAACAUCUGCGUGUCCACAGCAGAGAGAAGCCCUUUGACUGUGCGGAAUGUGGGCGGUCCUUCAAAGUGAACACCCACCUCUUUCGCCAUCAGAAGCUUCAUAAUUCGGAAAAGCCCUUUGCCUGCAAGGCCUGUAGCAGGGAUUUCCUGGAUCGCCAGGAACUUCUCAAGCACCAGCGAAUGCACACUGGCCACCUGCCUUUCGACUGUGACGACUGCGGCAAGUCCUUCCGAGGAGUCAAUGGCCUGGCCGAGCACCAGCGCAUCCACAGUGGGGCCAAGCCCUAUGGGUGUCCCCACUGCGGCAAGCUGUUCCGGAGGAGCUCAGAGCUCACCAAGCAUCGGCGAAUUCACACCGGCGAGAAGCCAUAUGAGUGCGGCCAGUGCGGGAAGGCCUUCCGGCAGAGCUCCAGCCUCCUGGAGCACCAGCGCAUCCACACCGGGGAGCGGCCCUACGCAUGUGGCGACUGUGGCAAGGCCUUCCGGGGGCCCUCCGACCUGAUUAAACACCGGCGGAUUCACAGUGGACUGAAACCAUAUGAGUGUGACAAGUGCGGGAAGGCCUUCCGGAGGAGCUCGGGCCUGAGUCGCCAUCGGAGAACCCACAGUGGAGCAAGACGCUGUGAGUGCAGUGAGUGUGGCCGUGUGUUCAAGAGGCGGUCAGCGCUGCAGAAGCAUCAACCAACCCACCAUGAGUAGAUGAGGCCUGCAGGCCCUUGUCUGUCAGUGGGUCCCUGCCGCCCCCCCACCCACCUAGAGUGGGAUGACAGAGUCAAAGGAGAUGAACAGUUUUGUAGUGCUUAUAUAUUUUAUUGUCAGAAAGGUUAAAACCAAUUUAUACUGCCACCAGCAAUUUAUAAGUGUACAUUUCCCAUUUUGCCUCUCAAGAGUAGCUUUUAACAUUUUAAUUUAUUUGGGCUAGUUUAGCUGGCAUAAAAUAACUUCAAGGUAUUUAAAUCUGCAGGCCUUGAAUCUGAGAAUGAGAGAAGAGAAACCUGGAUGUGGGGUUGGAGGGGGGCUUGUUGGUCAUCCCCUCUAAGCUCCCACCUCAGGGAAACACACACACAGCUUUUCAAUGAUGGCGUCAAUAUAAUGUGAGCCCAACUUUCCUAAAGAAAAGAU